AUGAGUGAUGAAAAGCAAACGGAGGAUGUAUCACAAACAGAAACAUCAAAUUUAGAAAAUGUUAAAGAUGGUGAUUCAAAGGAGACUAGCGAAGGCGGAAAAUCGGAUAAAGUUAAAAUUGACAUAUUAUUAAAAGCAACAGGAAAUGCACCUAUAAUGAAAAAGAAAAAAUGGGCAGUAGAUGCAGAAAAACCCAUUGGUUGGGUUAUGGAAUUUGUGAAAAAAUAUUUAAAAUUGGAGCCUGAAGAGAAAUUGUUUUUGUACGUAAAUCAAACAUUUGCACCUUCACCAGACCAGCUAAUAAAGAAUUUAUAUGAAUGCUUUGGUACGGAUGGAAAGCUAGUGCUGCAUUAUUGUAAGAGUCAAGCUUGGGGC